CUUGCAUAAACGGGCUUACAACGUCGUAUGUAAUCUUUAUGCAUUUGCCGACGUCAAUUCGGUUGACCCUUGGAACUAAAGCUUCAAGCGUCGUUGCAUCCAUCCAAACAUUCUUCGAGGCCCAACUUCCACAUAUCCCCCCUCCCCAUCCGACCCCGUCAUUCCCGAUCGCCUUGAAGCCAAUCGCAAAAGAUGUCGGGAAAAUAUGCUUUCACGAAGGCCCUAAAGGAAAUUCGCUUCCUAUUCUGCCACACCGGGGAGGGUAGUGCUGCGACGAGGACAUUCCUGACAAGAGCGUACCCCACGAUGAAGAAGAAUAACCCAUUCACACCUAUCCUCAUACGAGAAGCCUCUGGUACUCUGCCCAAGGUCUACGCGAGAUACGAAUUUGGAAAGGAGAAGAGCCAGUCAUUAGAAGGACUUACAGACAAGCAGAUCGAAGAGACCGUCACACAAUUAGUCAAGAGCGAGACUCCAUAGAUAAAUUUCCAGAGCUGGUGUUGCAGAAUAAAAACAAACAAACUACCUACCUAACCUAACCUAAGUUAAUCAUGCUGCUAUGUUACAAUAAUGAGAACAAUACCCGGUUUGGUUCGAAAUAGGAAUAUUAAUAAACGUGCUCCCUUGUUUUAU